ACCAGAAGACUGAGAAACCAGAAGACAAAGAGACCAGAAGACAGAAAGACAAAGACCAAGAAACAGAAAGACAGAGACCAAGAGACAAAAAGACUGUGACCAAAAAACAGAAAGACAGUGACCAAGAGACAGAAAGACAGAGACCAAGAGACAGAAAGACAGAGACCGAGAAACAGAAAGACAGAGACCAAGAGACAGAAAGACAGAGACUAAGAGACAGAAAGACAGAGACAGAAGACAGAGACUGA